AUGGAAAAGCCCCUCAGCCAAAAACUAGCCCGUUACCGGCAACGAAGCGAAGCGCGUUGCCCGGUGGGGCUGUGCGUGGCGCCCCGUCCCCGGACGGGGCUCCCAGCGACCCCCUCUCCGGCGGGAGGUGCCCCUGCCCCCGGGGCGAGGCGGGGUGCGUGCGUGGGACCCUCCGAGGUCCCGCCCGACCCUCGGACCACCCGCUACUCCCCUCCUUUCGUCACGGUUCAGCCGCAGUUUCCCGCCCGCGCCGCGCCGACGGUGCGCCAGACCCCGCGGCGCCCGGGCAUCCCCGACCUCACGCACACGGACACGCACACGCACACGCACACGCACACGCUGCAGCCCCCCGGCCAGGCCGAGAUGGCGCCCGGCGGCGCGCUCCUGCCUCCCGCCGCCACCUGCGCCGCGGGCCCCGGCACCAGGUGGCGGGAGGAGCUGGCGCGGCCCGCGGAGGCGCCGCCGUCGGAGCUGGAGACCACCGCCGCCGCCGCCCUGGGACCGCGCCGCGACGCUGAGGAGUUCAACGAGCUGCUGGACUUCGACUUCAUCCUCUCCAACUCCCUGAUGCACCAGGAGCCCACCGCCGCCGCCGCCGUGGUGGUGGCCCCCGCCGCCGCCCCGGCCCCCACCGCCAGCCCUUGCCCCGCCGGGCCCUUCGCCUACCCGCUGCCCCGACCCGAGCCCGCCGGCCUCCUCUACGGCGGCGGCAGCCGCGACGGGGCCCCCGCCGCCGGCCCCGCCACCCCCUUCAACCUGGCCGACAUCACCGACGUGUCCCCUUCGGGAGGCUUCGUGGCGGAGCUCAUGCGGCCCGACCUGGACCCGGUGUACCUGCCGGCGCCGGCGGCGCUGCCGCCCCUGGGAAGCCUGCAGGGCAAGUUCGUGGUGAAGGCCGUGGGCGAGUACAGCCACCCGGGGCUCAGCCCCAAGAACGGCCCCCCAGCUGCCGCCCCACCGCCUGGCACCGAGGGCCCCGGGGCCCCCUACAGCCCCCUGCCACGGAUGUGCCCCAAAAUCAAGCAAGAGGCUGCCCCGCCGUGCACCCUGGCCCCACCGCCACCACCACACGGGAGCGGCCCUCGAGGAGCCCCCCAGCACGACUUCUCCCUGGGCCGCCCGCUGCCCACCCGGACUACACCUUCGCUGGGGCCCGAGGAGAUGUUGAGUGGCAGAGACUGUCUCCCUGCUGCCCAGGGGCUGAGCCACCCACCGCUGCCACUGCCCCCAGGGUACCCCCCGGCCCCUGGUUACCCCGCCUUCCUGCCUGAGCAGCUGCCCCCCGGCACACUCCAGUACCAAGAGCUGAUGCCGCCGGGGAGCUGCCUGCCCGAGGAGACCAAGCCUAAGAGGGGCCGCAGGUCAUGGCCUAGGAAAAGGACGGCCACCCACACCUGUGACUAUGCGGGCUGUGGCAAAACCUACACCAAGAGCUCUCAUCUCAAGGCGCAUCUGAGAACCCACACAGGAGAGAAACCUUACCACUGUGACUGGGAAGGCUGCGGAUGGAAGUUUGCCCGAUCCGAUGAACUUACUCGUCACUACAGAAAACACACAGGCCACCGCCCUUUCCAGUGCCAGCGGUGUGACAGGGCGUUUUCCAGGUCGGACCACCUCGCCUUACACAUGAAGAGGCACUUUUAAUUGGAAGCAGUGGAUCUUUCCCCAGCUGCCGUAGAGAUUCAGUAUUUACAGCACAAGGACUGUCUUCCACAGGACGGGGGAGAACACAGUUUAAAGCACUACAGAUAAUCACGGUGAAGUCUUCUAAAGAGUGGAAAAGAGGGAUAAUUGCAUACAGACUUUGCAACUUUUUUAUAUAUAUACACAUUUAAAAGAAAAAAGAACCAAAAACGUUGGGGUCAAUGACUGGAUCUUCUAUCAUUCCAUUUGUAAAUCCAACUUGAAUUAUUUCCGGACUACAAAAUGCCAAGGAGUGACUGGAAGUCACGGAUAUCAGGGUUAAACAGACUGUGUGUAGUUCGGAGGGUGGGGAUAUUACACAGGGAAAUGGCGUUCCCUUAAUUUUCUUUCAAUGCAAUAUUAGAUGUAAAUGUCAUCUUGUACUUUCCUUUUUUUUUCCUUCUAAAAGCCAUUACGAUGUUAAAACAGGAGGAAAAAUUCAGGUACAGAAUUCUAUUUUAAAAGCCUAUUUCGUGGUGCUUAGUGACUGUUGGUUCUAGAGGUACCAAAAACAGGAAGCCAAAGUUCUCAAACUGCUGCAUAUCUGACAAGGAAAUAUUUUUGUCUUCCGAUCGCCGAUUAUGACCUAAAUCAGGUAAAUAAACCUGGUUUAUCUUUUUUUUAAAGAAAGUAACUUUAUGCAGACAGUCUGUAAUGCACUGUGGUUUCGAUGUGCAAUAGUUUGUACAAUGGUUUAUUCCCAAAUAUGCCUUAAGCAGAACAAAUGUUUUCUAUAUAGUUCUUUACAUAAUAAAUAUGUAAUAUAAAUUUAAGCAAACUUCUGUUUUGUAUAUUUGUAAACUACGAAGUAAAAAUGAACAUUUUGUUGGAAUUUGUAUUUUGCAUAUUCAAGUUGAAAAUAAGUUUUAAAUAAACCUAUAAUAUUUUAUCUGAA